GUUACGGAAUUUCACGAAAGGAAACGUCAAAUUUUUUUGUUGGGGCGAGGAUGUUCUAUUGCGGAUAAUCGUGGUUUGUUAACAGAAAAUAUGUUUGACUGAAUAUUCACGUGAAAGGGUAGUAGUAUCGGGGGAGAUUGCAGGAAAAUGAUCAGACGAACAAGUGGACUCGGGGAAAGCUUCGUUGGUUGGGUUAGGGAUCGCGUAGUGUGAAGAGUAUUUUGUAAUUGUUGUAAUUAUUAGGGGUACAUUGGCAAAAUGGAUAACACUACAACUGCCGAGUGUUUGACCCUCGAUUUUGGACCCUUUGAGACUGUACAUCGAUGGCAACAGAUGCCCGAUUGUGAUGAGUUCGUUGGAGCUAGGCGAAGCAAACACACAGUGGUGGCCUACAAAGACGCAAUCUACGUGUUCGGUGGUGACAACGGUAAGCGAAUGUUAAACGACCUCCUCCGUUUCGACGUGAAAGAAAAAUCCUGGGGUCGUGCCUUCGCCACAGGCACCCCCCCAGCCCCCCGCUACCACCACUCAGCAGUGGUGCACGACUCCUCGAUGUUCGUAUUCGGUGGCUACACCGGUGACAUCCACUCAAACUCCAACCUGACCAACAAGAACGAUCUCUUUGAGUAUCGCUUUCAGAAUGGUCAAUGGACCGAGUGGAAAUUCAUCGGUAAAACUCCAGUCGCCCGUUCUGCCCACGGUGCGGCUGUCUACGACAACAAAUUGUGGAUAUUCGCGGGAUACGACGGUAACGCGCGUCUCAACGACAUGUGGACAAUUUCCCUAUUACCAGGGGAGCUGAGAAUAUGGGAGGAGGUCGUACAGUCCGGUGACUGUCCCCCAACCUGUUGCAAUUUUCCAGUAGCAGUUGCCCGCGAAUCAAUGUUCGUAUUCAGUGGUCAGAGUGGAGCCAAAAUAACCAACAGUCUCUUUCAAUUUCACUUCAGGGAUAAACGCUGGACGCGAAUAUCCACUGAGCACAUUUUACGAGGUGCUCCACCACCUCCAGCGCGUCGUUACGGUCACACAAUGGUCAGUUUCCACCGUCAUUUGUACGUAUUCGGUGGUGCAGCUGAUUCCACCCUGCCCAACGAUCUCCACUGCUACGAUCUGGACACACAGACCUGGAAUGUCGUUAUUCCGUCCAACGACAGUGAGAUUCCCUCAGGCAGGCUCUUCCACGCUGCUGCUGUUAUCGCAGAAGCCAUGUACAUAUUUGGGGGUACGGUUGACAAUAAUGUUCGCUCGGGGGAGACUUACAGAUUUCAAUUCUCGUGUUAUCCCAAGUGCACACUGCACGACGAUUUUGGCCGGCUAUUGCUCUCCCGGCAAUUUUGCGACGUUGAGUUUGUAGUUGGUAAGGAUCAGAUGGAGAAGAAAAUACCGGCGCAUAUUGCCAUGGUGGCUGCAAGAUCGCAAUUCUUGAGCGGGAAGAUUAGGCAGGCUAGGGAGAAACGGGCGAAACACCUUGAGGAGGCUUUCGGAACAGUUGACAUUCCCAUUAAGGAUAUGCCUCUGCUGGAAGUUAAAUUGGAGGACGCUGUGCCAAAGGCUUUUGAGAUGGUCCUCAAUUACAUAUAUACAGAUCGGAUAGAUCCGACCAAAGGCGUUGAUGACCCAGAGCCGGGUAAUCUCAUUGUCCUUCUGAUGAUGGAUGUCUAUCGAUUGGCCGUUCAAUUUAACAUGAAACGCCUGGAACAGCUGUGCGUUCAUUACCUAGAAGCCACUAUUAAUCAUGCUAACGUGUUGGAGGCUCUGCACAAUGCCGCACACCUAGAGCUGUAUUUCAUCAAGGAGUUCUGUCUCAGUUUCGUUGUCAAGGACAGCAACUACAAUCAGAUUGUGAUGAGUCAGGAAUUUGAGACCCUUGAUCAGCCUUUGAUGGUGGAGAUAAUAAGGAGGAGGCAGAUGCCACAGGCGCGGAGUUUCUCGAAGCAUUAUGAGCUUGGUACGGGCACGACCUUGGAACAGGAUAUGGCGAUUUUUUUGAAGAGUGUGGGCAGGGAAUUUUGCGAUAUAACUUUGAUGUUGGAUGGGGUACCCAUUCCGGCGCACAAAGCUGUCUUGGCAGCUCGGUGCAGCUAUUUCGAGGGAAUGUUUAGGUCUUUUAUGCCGGAAAAUAACACUGUUAACAUACAAAUUGGGGAGAUGAUUCCAUCGUCAGAGUCAUUUGCGUCUUUGAUGAGGUAUAUCUAUUAUGCUGAUGUUUCGAUGCCGCCUGAGGACUCUCUGUACCUGUUCACGGCUCCUGUUUUCUACGGUUUUACUAAUAAUCGAUUGCAGGCAUUUUGCAAGCAAAAUUUGGAGAUGAAUGUUACUUUCGAAAAUGUUAUUCAGAUACUCGAGGCGGCGGAUAGAAUGCAAGCUUGUGAUAUGAAGAAAUAUGCUCUCAAUCAUAUUGUUCAUCACUUUAGUCAGGUUGCACGGCUACCCAGGCUCAAGCAGUUGAGCAGAGAGUUGCUGCUCGAUAUAAUUGAGACACUGGCGGAUGAACAGGGGGAGGCGCGCACUUGUCAGGACAUGACUAGUGAUUGCUGACUCAGUUGGUUCAAUCGGCGUGAUUGCCAUCGCAGAGCGAGGAGCCAGCACGGAGGGGUUUAAGGGGGUUUUAUAGGUUAAAGAGGUGAAGACUUUUUCAUGAACAUCGAGUAGGAAUACGCGAGGAGAAAUUCUUUGAGAAAAAUUCUAGCGCUGUUGAAAUAAAAUUUCUAAGCAUUCCUGUGAAAAUUGCAUAUUUUGAAAAAAUUUAUUUAAGCAUUUUUGACUUAUAGGUUUACUCUGCUGAAGAAUAGUAAUCAUAAUACGAAAGUGAAAGAAUAAUCGAUCAUUUACAUCAGUAUAUCAUUCAUUUGCUUUAAUUUUUUUCAAGAAUAAAUCAAUAGCCAUAAUUGGUCUUAUGUUGAAAGUGAGGAAGGCUUUUACAUCGAAAAGUGGAAACCUUUUGUCAAAGUUCAGUUUAGUGAUCAACUCUAGGCGAUUAUUAGAAUUUAAAAAAUCGUACCAAUACGAGAAAAAUUCACGUGCUACCUAAUAAAAUUUCAAGGGUCUGCACUGGAUUUUUUUUGAAGGAUUUCUUUCCGUAUAGUAUUUGAAUUGGGAUUUCAGGAUGCAAUACUAUUUGGAAUAAUUCUUCAAUUUGCGACAUUUUGGGAAUGCAAAAGUUGUUUAUUUAUUUUUGCUUUCCAAACUGAAUUGAAACACUUUGGGAGAAAAACUGAUCUAAAGUCACAAGAAUAAUUACUUGAUCUGAGGAAAUGGUAUAGAUGAAUGAUUUCGCCAAUUCUGUAUUUGAAAUACUGCUCUACAAUUGCUAGAGUUAUUUUGUGUUAUCUAUCGAAAAAUAUAGUUUAAAAUAAGAGAAAUGAGCGCGACUGGAGCUCUCUAAUUUAAGGAUGUCCAAGUACUUUGGCUAUUUGUCCUCCAGUGAAAUGCUUUUGUACUUUUGUAGUCGAACAUCAGAGCUUUCAUUUCAGCCCCAUGCUAAGUUUCGGGUCAUUUUACAAUAAUUUUAUUAUUUGAACUUUGCAGGUCUUGAUAUUUAACCGUUAGAAAACAUUUUAAAAACCUAA